UAUGUGUAAGGGUAGGGUUUAUAAUAAAUUGAUGCUGCAUUCAUUCGUGAAGUUAAGAAAUGCAAUACACAAAUGCAUAAGUGUAAGCUGGUUAUCAGAUGUGCAAUGUUGUGUUUUCCCCCUGCAUAGACAUCGGUUCACAAUCAUGUCCAUCAAUUUCCUUCCGGUGGAAUUGCUGCAGAAAAUUUUCUGCUUUUUGUCGUAUACGGACCUACAGCGGAUAUCGCUCGUUUGUCACCGCUGGAAUAAUGCAUCCGAAAAGUUCAUAGUGGAUAAAGUCAAGCUCAAUAUCACCAGUUCCUUCCCGAGAACCUACGCAGCCCUGGCCGAGUGGGAUGAUCGACACUCCGCAUUGAAUGUUAUUCGAAGCAGUCUGCGCAAUUAUCGGUCGAUUGCCUUCGAGUGCAAUACAGCGUUAGACGAAUGGCAACAACUCGAACCAUUCGUAGAAGGAUGUGCUGAGCGGUUUCCAGCUAUCGAUGCCUUAUAUUUGGAAGACAUUCAAAGCCAAUAUUUGCAUCGCUUAUAUUCUACACAUCGCGGUUGGAUCUCACGAUGCCGUUUCCUCAAAGUUUCAAUGAGAAGUGACUAUGAUUAUUCUAAGAAAAAUGAUGAGAAGAGUGAAUGGGUUUUGGCUAUGCCAAAUUUGGAAAAACUGUUCUGGGAAGAAUGCGAGUAUGACCCAUUGAGGACGGUUACAAUAGACGCUCCUAAAUUGGAAACGAUUUAUUUGGAAAGCUAUGAAAGUUCACAUCGUGGCGAAUUUCGGCUUCAAUGCAGCCAGAUAAAGCAUAUCGAAUGCAUACUGUAUGAAGAUAAUUUACUAGAAAUGUUCGAAACUACUCUCGAUAACGUGGAAAGUCUUCAAAUGACCCUUGAUUACCGAAUUGAUCUUGAGUUCAUCAAAGCAUUGCGUCAGUUAAGUUAUUUAAACAUUACAUUCAACUGCAAGAUGAAAUCACUCGAUGAAUUAGAGUCCGUCUGUGCUUAUCUACAAAUCAAAACAUUGAUAAUUUCAUGUUCCAUUGAGAGAUGUUUUAUUGAUCUUGAAAACUUUUUCAACUGUUUUCCUGGCUUAGAAUCUCUUACAUUUCGCCGUAUUGAUUUUUAUGCGGAAAACUGCGUUCAAGCCAGACAUUUAAAGUACCUAGACUUGCAGAAUGUUGAGUAUUUUGAUGAUACGGUAUCUUUCAAUGCCCCCAAUCUCGAGGAUCUAAUAUUAGAUGCAGAUAUCUUGGACAAAAUAGAAUUCAUCAAUACCGCCAGGCUAUCUGCCGUUCAACUUCUGCUGAUGUCAAGAAGCAUCGGGGACACACUCGAACAGUUCAUUAUCCCGUUUCUACAAACACACGAAGAAGUGACGCAUUUAUCCCUAAAGGGACAUUAUUAUCAGAACGAUAGCCUUGAUCAACCAAAUAAUGGAGCCGUGGAAUUGAAUAUUAAACAUCUUGUACUAGAAUCCAUUAACGUGACAAUUGGAUUUUUUAAAAUGAUUUCUGGGUGGAAAUCAUUACAGACUUUAAUCUUAAACAGAUGUACCAUUGAUUGCACCAGUCUGGCGGAUGGCGAAAUAAUUCUUCUGCCAUCAGUCCAUAACAUAGAAACUAUUGGGAUUAAUCGACUAAAAAAUACGGAAAGAGUCGAUUUUCCUUUGGUGACUGGAAGGAAUUCAUUAUGUUGAUUCAGGUGCUAUAAUAUUUAAACUUGCUGGCUUUCACGCCUGUAAAAAAAAUCAGUGGUAUAUUUUGCCACUAUAAUACCCUUUACAUAAUAUUUGUACAAAUAUAAAAAAAUAUAACCGUCA